AGUCGGAGGCGGGCCCAGUGGGAGAAAUGGCUGCUGCGUCGGGUGUGCGUGAACGGUCCCGGUGGUGGAGGCGUGAAACCGGUCGCAGCGGUUAGUGCAUACAGUUUCCACCAGUGGAAGGUGGAUUUCGACUCCGCUGGGCUUGAAAACGAAUCUCAGCCUUCCGCGUCCCCAACCCGGGCUCAGGCCCAUCUGAAACAGUACCUAAAACUACAGUCUAGCUUCAAGCAUCAAAUUACGUGGCAUUUGAGAAACUUACUGCUUCCCUGUCAGCGAUCCUGCAGAGGAAGGAUCCUUGCCUGGGCUUUAGACACUUCCCAGCACUCCAUGGCCCUCACAAUGCUGAAUGGUCUACUUAUUAAGGACUCCAGCCCACCCAUGCUGCACCAGAUUAGCAAGACUCCUCAGCUAGAUGCCUUCAACUACCAAAGCUGCUUCAUGCAAGACCUCUUUGCUCAUUUCCCUGAUGUCUUAUUUAUACACCGGACCUACAACCCAAGAGGCAAGGUGUUAUACACCUUCCUGGUGGAUGGACCCCGGGUACAGGUUGAGGGUCCUCUUGCCCGAGCAGUAUACUUUGCCAUCCCUACCAAUGAAGAUGCCCGAGGCCUGGCCCAGAUGUUCCAGGUGUUCAAAAAGUUUAACCCAGCCUGGGAGAGAAUCACUACCAUUCUGGUGGACCCCCACUUCCUCCUGCUGCCCACCCUGACCAUGGAGUUCCCUGCUGCUGAGGUCUUGCUCUCAGCCUUCCAUAUUUGUAAAUUCCUCCAGGGUAAGUUCUAUCAGCUCUCCCUGGAGCAGCCCGUACAAAGUGUGCUCCUGUCCUCCCUGCAGAGCACAAUGUGCUCGGCCACGGCCGGCAACCUGCGGAAGCUGUACACACUCCUGAAUACCUGCAUCCCCCCCAGCAGGCUGCCUGAGCUCCACUCACACUGGCUGCUCAAUGACCGCAUCUGGCUGGCCCACCGCUGGAGAAGCCGAGCCCAGAGCAACCGAUACUUCCAGACUCUGGAGGUAACAGCCCACGUCCUCAGUCAGUUUUUUGGCGCCACCCCAUUUGAGAAACAAGGCAUGGCCUCUGUGUUCCGAUACAUGCAACAGAACCCUUCAGACAAAGCAAACCUCAGCCUGGUGGAGAGUCCCCAGGACAGUCAGCCUCCUUCAGAUGCCAGCCCUGAAAACCCCAACACAGAGCAGUUGGUAGAAGCCCGUAUCCAGCACUCCCUCAAUGCCAUCUGCACAGGGCCAGCUGCCCAACUCUGCCUAGGUGAGCUCGCUGUAGUCCAGAAGUCCAUGCAUCUCAUUGGCUCUGGCUCAGAAAAAAUGAACAUACAGAUUCUGGAGGACACGCACAACGUCCAGCCCCAGUCCCCUGCCAGCUGCAGCUGCUACUUUAACCAAGCCUUCCACCUGCCCUGCCGCCACAUCCUCGCCAUGCUCAGUGCCCGCCAGCAGGUGCUCCAGCCUGACAUGCUGCAGACUCAGUGGACCUCAGGCUGUGCCACCAGUCUAGACAGUAUCCUAGGCAGCAAGUGGAGUGCCAGCCUGGAUAAGCACCUGGCUGUGACCCUCCUCACUGAGGAGGUCGGUCGGCUCUUAGAGCACUGCAGCAAGGAGGAGUUUGAGCGCCGCUAUAGCACCCUUCGGGAACUUGCCGACAGCUGGAUCGGCCCUUAUGAGCAGGUACAGCUCUAAUCACACAUGGGCAUGGCCAGUUCUGGGGACUGAACCCAGGGUAGUACACGUGUUAGGCAGGGACUCUUCUACUACUGCCUCUUUAGUUCUUAUUUCGAGAUAGCCUCUCACUAGGCUGCCCAGGCUACUCUUGGACUCCCACUGUAGACAGGCGGGCUUUGAACUUGUGAGCCUCCUAACGAGCCUGCUCAGUAAGUGGGAUUAUAAGCCUGUGUCAACAGGCCUAACUUAUGAUUGUAUGUGUGCCCUGACAUGUUCAUGUACAUAGGAUCAUUCACUUCCGCCCCUCUACACACACUCUGCUUCCUUCCGGAAGUCUGCUCUGCUCUAGCCUCUUGUCUAGAUUGUGUCAUGCUCCACAGAAGUCAGAAAAUCUUUCCUGUUAAGGGUUCAAUAGUAAAUAUCACAGGCUUUGACGGCCAAAUACAGUCACUGUUGUGCAUUCUGGAUUCAGUUUUGACAACUUUUUCAUAAGUAAGAUUGAUUUGUAACUUAAGAAGUUUCUGGAAACAGCUGGUUCCUUAAGGGAAAUAAUGGGUGGUAAGGCUGAAGGUUCUGUGUUGGUAACUCCUGCUCAGUCAUGAUGGGACUCACUUGGCUCUGACCCUGGAACUCUCCAUGAAGGAAGAGGCUACUUUGGUGGGGCUGCCAGAGUUCCCAGUUCUGUCCCACCCUGGGAUGGGAUCAAUAAAGUGAAUGUUGUCUCCC